AUGGUACCACCCUCCCUGCAGGAGGGUCUGGCAGAGGAGCUGGUGAAACGCUGUGCGUCCCAGCUGGCCGAGGCGCUGGACUUCAUGCACAGCCGUGCCCUGGUGCACCGGGACGUCAAGCUGGACAACGUGCUGCUCUUCGAUCAUGAGUGCCGGCGGGUGAAGCUGGGGGACUUUGGGCUCACCCGUGUGCAGGGCUCAGCGGUGGCGGUGGGUGCCAUGGCGGGCCCCCUGCCUUACGCCCCGCCAGAGCUCUGCCUGCUCCAGGGCUCCGACACGCUGGAGCUGGACUCCAGCCUGGACGUCUGGGCCUUCGCCGUCCUGCUCUUCUGCCUCUGCACUGGCUGCUUCCCCUGGGCUGUGGCCACCAGCUCCGACCCCCAGUUUGAGGACUUCAGCGCCUGGCAGGGUGGCGGGGCGGGGCGGGGGGUGCCUGCAUCCUGGCAAGGCUUCGGCUCUGGGGCGCUGGAGAUGCUCCGGCGCUUGCUGACGCUGGACCCUGACCGCCGGAGCCCGGCCAUUGAGGUGCAGAAAUACCUGUCCCUGCCCUGGGUGAUGGCCCCCAGCACUGGAGACCCGGCACCAAGGAGCUCCCAGUCCCCCCUUAUCAGCGGCAUGAGGGAGAGCCUGGGGGGCACCAGGGGAUGCGAUGCUGCUGGUGGGGGAGACGGGGUUCCCAUGCCCCCCGCUAAUGCACUGGCCUCGUGCCGGUAG